CAAAUUACCAUCAUUUACUGAGAUCAGACACGUUGACCCCGUAGCACAAGCCGUUUCCAUGGGAACGGUCCUCAUACGGAAGCUCGCGUGAAUAACAGAGGGAGGGAGUGAAACGCGAAGCGGACGGGAGGCAGCGCUCGGAGGCCUGACGUGGAAGGUGUCCGGACCAGAGAAACAAACUCCUGAGCAACAGAACCGGCGAAGGUCCAGUCGGCCUGAAGCUUCACGCCACUCGGCAGCAUGAGUCUGGAUAAAGCAAAGCUGUGCGACUCGCUGUUGAUCUGGUUGCAGACAUUUCAGGUCCCGUCAUGUGAUAACAAGCACGAUCUAACGAGUGGAGUGGCCAUUGCUCACGUGCUCUACAGAAUAGACCCCUCUUGGUUUAAUGAGACGUGGCUUGGCAGGAUCAAGGAGGAGAGCGAGGCCAACUGGCGCCUUAAAGUCAGCAACUUGAAGAAGGUCCUGAAAAGCAUGCUGGAGUAUUACCAUGAUGUGCUCGGUCAGCAGGUGUCCGACGAGCAUUUACCAGACGUGAACCUCAUAGGCGAGCUGGGAGACGUGACGGAGCUGGGCAAGCUGCUGCAGCUCGUGUUGGGCUGCGCCGUCAGCUGUGAAAAGAAACAAGAGCAAAUCCAGCAGAUUAUGACACUUGAGGAAUCUGUCCAGCAUGUUGUGAUGACAGCCAUUCAGGAGCUUCUAACGAAGGAACCGACAUCUGAACCAGGAAGUCCAGAGACGUAUGGAGACUUUGACUACCAGUCCAGGAAGUAUUACUUUCUGAGUGAGGAAGCUGGCGAGAAGGAGGACCUGACGCAGCGCUGCAGAGACCUUGAGCAUCAGCUGUCGCUGAGCGCGGAGGAGAGGUCGUCCCUCCAGGCGGAGGUCCGCUCCCUGAGGGAGAGGCUUAGCCGCAGCGACUCUCUGGAUGCCACAACCACCGCCAUCACGGGCAAGAAGCUGCUGCUGCUGCAGAGUCAGAUGGAGCAGCUGCAGGAGGAGAACUACAGGCUGGAGAACGGCAGAGACGACCUGCGCGUUCGUGCAGACAUGCUGRAGCGAGAGGUGGCUGACCUGCAGCAGAGGAACGAGGAGCUGACGAGUCUGGCGCACGAAGCCCAGGCUCUUAAAGACGAGAUGGACAUCCUCAGACACUCGUCUGACCGGGUGAACCAGCUGGAGGCGCUGGUGGAGACCUACAAGAGGAAGCUGGAGGACCUGGGCGACCUGCGCAGACAGGUGCGCCUCCUGGAGGAGCGCAACACCGUGUACAUGCAGCGCACCUGCGAGCUGGAGGAGGAGCUGCGGCGGGCCAACGCCGUCCGCGGUCAGCUGGACACCUACAAGAGACAGGCUCAUGAGCUUCACAACAGGCACACAGCGGAGGCCAUGAAGGCUGAGAAGUGGCAGUUUGAGUAYAAGAAUCUUUAUGACAAGUAUGACGCACUGCUGAAGGAGAAAGAACGUCUCAUUUCAGAAAGAGACUCGCUUCGGGAAGCAAACGAUGAGCUGCGGUGUGCACAGGUCCAGCAGGGCUGCCUGAGCGGAACAGCAGACUUGUCCGACGGUGACGUGACGGUGGGGAACCUCGCUGCAGAGAUCAUGCCCACUGAGCUAAAGGAAACGGUCGUCCGUCUGCAGAGCGAGAACAAGAUGCUGUGCGCUCAGGAGGAGACCUACAGACAGAAACUAGUGGAGGUCCAGGCCGAGCUGGAAGAGGCGCAGCGCAGCAAGAACAGCCUGGAAACCCAGAACAGGUUGAACCAGCAGCAGAUCUCAGAGCUGCGCUCUCAGGUGGAGGAGCUCCAGAAAGCGCUGCAGCAGCAGGACAGCAAACACGAGGACGCCAUCUCGUCAUUGUUGAAGAAAAAGCUGGAGGAGCAUUUGGAGAAGCUGAAUGAAGCUCACUCUGACCUCCGGAAGAAACGGGAGGUCAUCGACGACCUUGAGCCCAAAGCGGACAGCAACAUGGCCAAGAAGAUAGAUGAACUCCAGGAGAUCCUUCGGAAGAAGGACGAGGACAUGAAACAGAUGGAGCAGAGAUACAAACGCUACAUGGAGAAAGCCAGAACGGUGAUCAAAACUCUGGAUCCCAAGCCGCCGGCUCCGACUCCCGACGUCCAGUCUCUGAGGAACCAGCUGACGGAGAAGGAAAGAAAACUCCAGCAUCUGGAGCACGACUACGAACAGAGCCGAGUCAGACACAGCCAGGAGGAGAAGCUCAUAAUCAGCGCCUGGUACAACAUGGUCGGGCAUGGCGUUGCACCAGCAGGUGUCGGGCGAGCGGCUGGGACCUGGAAACCAGGCCAUGUCCUUCCUGGCCCAGCAGAGACAGUCCACCAACGCCCGGCGCGGCCUGGUCCGCCUCCAGCCCAGAUGAGGCGGGACGGGACGGCCAGGUCCACCUCUAACCUUGAUGCCUUCACUUGGACCGCUGCACGUUUCCCUCUGUCUCGUGUUGCUGCUGCCCCCUGCUGGCUCACAGCCACAUGACAGUGCUGUGUUUUUCUGUAAUUUGCCUCCAGCAGGUUUUGUCACCUUUUCAGGUGACUCUUUUUGUUUCUUGUGUAGCCUCUACA